UAAGCCUCUUAACGUUAGUAAUUUAUAUAUAUCAUAAAAGAAACCUGUAAAGGAUCUUUCAUUUCCACUAGUAUAUCUAUACAUAUACAUAAAUGGCAAUGGAGUGCAUCGCAACUCUCCCUCAAAGAUUCAAUGAAAACAAAACCAAAGAGGAUCCUUCUAACUUCGAUGCAAAUCUCCUGAAUCAGCAGUCAAACCACAUACCUCAACAGUUCGUAUGGCCUGACCACGAGAAACCUACCGAUGAUGUUCAACCUCUCCAAGUCCCUCUAAUAGACCUCGCUGGUUUCCUCUCCGGCGACUCGGUCUUGGUCUCGGAGGCUACUAGACUCGUCUCUGAGGCAUCAAAGAAACAUGGCUUCUUCCUAGUCACUAACCAUGGCAUUGAUGAGACUCUCUUGUCUCGUGCCUAUCUGUUUAUGGACUCUUUCUUUAAGGCUCCGGCUUGUGAGAAACAGAAGGCUCAGAGGACGUGGGGCCAGAGCUCUGGUUACGCUAGUAGCUUUGUCGAGAGAUUCUCCUCCAAGCUCCCGUGGAAGGAAACGCUGUCGUUUAAGUUCUCUCCCGUGGAGAAGUGCCAUUCCCAAACCGUUAAAGACUUUGUGUCUGAGAAAAUGGGAUAUGGAUACGAAGAGUUAGGGAAGGUAUAUCAAGAAUACGCGGAGGCCAUGAACAUUCUGUCACUAAAGAUCAUGGAGCUUCUUGGAAUGAGUCUUGGGAUCGAGAGAAGACAUUUUAGAGAGUUUUUCGAAGACAACGAGUCGAUAUUAAGGUUGAAUUACUACCCACAAUGCAAGCAACCGGAUCUUGCAUUAGGGACAGGACCUCACUGCGAUCCAACAUCGCUAACCAUACUUCAUCAAGACCAAGUCGGUGGUCUUCAAGUUUUCGUGGACAACAAAUGGCAAUCCAUUCCUCCAAACCCUAAAGCAGUCGUGGUGAACAUAGGCGACACUUUCAUGGCUCUAACGAAUGGAAGGUACAAGAGUUGUUUGCAUCGUGCGGUGGUGAAUAGCGAGAGUGAAAGGAAGUCAUUUGCAUUUUUCCUAUGUCCUAAAGGAGAUAAAGUGCUAAAGCCACCAGAAGAACUAGCAGGAGUGAUCUCUGAAAGAGAGUAUCCAGAUUUUACAUGGUCUAUGUUUCUUGAGUUCACACAAGAACAUUAUAGAGCAGACAUGAACACUCUUGAAGAGUUUUCAAAUUGGCUUAAGAACAGCAGAAGUUUCUAAAAAUGAGGAGGCAAUGAUGUGGCCCAGAAGUUGACUUGUAGUUGGAGAACUUCCAUAUGGGGUUUUAAAGAAACAAGUGAGAUGAGAUGUUCAAAACUAGUUGAGGAGCCUUUUUAUUUUUGUUGUAUCAAUUAUUUUGUUUUGGUGAAAGAUAAAUUUAGCAAAUAAAUAU